UGACCGGCGUAAUGCCAGCGCAGAGAAAGUGCCACGACUCCACACAGACAUCAACUGACUCCUUAGCCCGGGAUAAGAUUUUUUUUGUUUUUUGCUGGCUUGGUAAAAUAGUUGGAUUCAAGGUAAUCAAUUCUGUUUAAACUCUUGCUGAAGUGAUUCAUUCAACGGAAAUCUGCCGCGAGAAAAGGUUUAAAAGGAAAGGACAUUUGCAAUCAUGGACAUCUACGAUCCUCAGACCCUUGGAAUAGUUGUGUUUGGUGGUUUCAUGGUGUUCUCAGCCAUUGGGAUUGCCCUGGUUUCAACAUUUUCCAUGAAGGAGACCUCAUAUGAAGAAGCUAUAGCCAAGCAGCGCAAGGAGCAAGGAAACACCCAGUCCAGCCAACGUACGGACAAGAAGAAAAAAGACAAGGCCGCUGAAAAGAAAAGCAGAGGAAAGAAAAAAGAAGAUAAACCCAACGGGAACCCUCCAGAGUAUGAGGCCACUCCUGAGGUUCCAGAGGCACCAGCUGAGCCCAAUCCUUCAAUUCCUCCAGUCCCAGAGCAAGUAGCCACUCCCGUUCUUAAAUCAGCAGCACCUUCCCAGAAGUCCGUUCAACCUGCUCCUUCUCAGAAGUCAGCUUCACCUACCCCGGCUCAGAAAUCCUCUCCAGCUGUCCCUCCCCAAAAAUCUACUUCUCCUACCCCUGCCCAAAAGUCUGCCCCAUCGGCAUCUGCCCAAAAAUCUGCUUUUGUCCCUGCCCAACAGUCUGUAGCAUCGGCCCCUGCACAAAAAUCUGUUCCAGUCCAACAGCCUGCCCCACCUGCCCAAGGCCAGAAAUCCUCUCCACAAGCCCAACCCCAGAAGUCUUCUUUAACUGCCCCAGCCCAGAAAGGGUCUCAACCCGCCCCAGCCCAAAAAGCGUCCCAGCCCACUCAGGUCCAAAAAGCGUCCCAGCCCGCCCCGACCCAAAAAGCGUCCCAGCCCGCCCCGGCCCAAAAAGCGUCCCAGCCCGCCCCGGCCCAAAAAGCGUCCCAGCCCGCCCCGGCCCAAAAAGCGUCCCAGCCCGCCCCGGCCCCAUCCCAAAAGGCUGUAGCAGGUACUAACACUUCUGCAGUCUCUGCUAUGCCCCCUUCCAGCCAAGAUGCCCCCCCUGCUCCCUCUCCAAAGGACAAGAAGAAAAAGAAAGCCAAAGGGGAUUCCUCCUCUGCUGAGGUACUGCUAAAGUCUGUGGCUCCAUUGGAGACCAUGACCAAAAAGGUUCCUGUGAUGGCAGUUCCUCCUGUUGGGACUCUAAAAGCUACCCCAGCAACUGCUUUGCCAUCCAGAGCUGAAGAACCCAAACCCGAGGCUCCGGCCAAGAAGAAAGCAGGAGGCAAGAAGAAGGCCGAACCAGCGGAGGCUGCAGACCCCGUGGACUGUCCGCUGUACCUGCCGUAUAAGGCUCUGGUCUCCACGGUGAAGAGUAUGGUGUUUAGCGAAGGAGAAGCCCAGCAGCUUAUUGAAAUCCUUUCUGAAAAGGGUGGCACCAUCCAGGACACCUGGCACAAGGCCACUCAGAAGGGUGAUCCGGUAACCGUGUUGAAGAAACAGCUGGAGGAGCGAGAGAAGCAGCUGGCAGCUGAGCAGGAGGAUGCGGCAGCUGCUAAGAGCCGACUAAGAGAGUUGACUAAGGAACUGUCUGUGGAGAAGUCAAAAGUGGCGUCUGUGGAGACCAGGCUGAGCUCUCAGCUGAGCAAGCGCGAGCAGGAAAUAAUCGCUUUGGAGGCGCGCAUGCAGGCCAGUUACCAAGACCACCUCGCUGAGACCCAGCAGCUCAAUGCUAAAGUCUUGGCUCUCCAGGACCAGCUGGAGAAAGGGCCCAACGCUCAGCUGGCCCGUCUGCAGCAGGAGAACUCCAUCCUCAGAGAUGCGCUCAACCAAGCUACCAGUCAGACAGAGAGCAAGCAAAAUGCUGAGUUGGCUAAACUGCGCCAGGACUGCAUUCGACUGAAUAAAGAGCUGACGGAGAAGAACGAGGCCUUGCAGGCUGAGGAGCAGCUCAAGAAAAGUCUGGAAUCUAAAGCAGCCACGGCAGAAAAGCAACUGGCCCAGCUGCAGGCAAGCCGGGCGAGCAGUGAACAGGCCCUGCAGAAGCGGCUGGAGGAAGUCAGCGAGGAGCUCAGACAGACCCAGAGCAGCAGAAACAGCUCGCAGGCGCAGCUGGAACAAGCUCAACAGGACACCGCUGCUCUGACAGAGGCUCAAGCACGUGUGGCCGGUGUGGAGGCUGAACUGAAAGAGCGGGCCGAACAGGUGGAGGGUCUACAGAGCCAGCUGAAACAGGCACAGGUGGAGCGAGAGCAGCUGAUGGAGGCGAGCCAGAACAUCGAACAGAGCCAUAGUUCAGAGGCUUUGAGGGCAGAACUGGAGCAAGCAAAUACCUGCCUGAAGGACAAAGAGAGCAAAAUUUCAACUCUUGAAGAAGAGCUGAGCCAACUUAAAAACACAAUGGCCAGUCAGGUGGAAAACACAGCAGUGCUGCAGCACUUACAGCACAGUCUAAAAGAAAAAGAAGACCAAAUAGCAGCUGUUCAAGAAGAACUCCAACAGGUUAAACAACAAAGUACAGACCUCAACAGACUUGAAAACACAGAAAUGCUGGAACAGUUACAAAACAGUUUGAAAGAAAAGGUGUCUCAGCUGGCUUCAUUUGAGGAAGAGAUGAGAGGACAUGAAGAGCAAUAUAACACUAACCUGGCAGACCACACAGCCAAACUGGAGUCACUACAUAACAGCCUAACUGAGAAAGAAACUCUAGCGACGUCACUACAGCAGGAAGUGCAACAACUCAAGGAAAUAAAUCAGUCACAGGACAAGAGUUACGAGACUUUGGAGAAUGUGCUGAGAUCUUUGCAGGCCGAGACCAAAGAAGUUCUUGGCUCCCUUUUCCCACACAUCAGUGUAGAGACAGAGCAGACCAAAUGGCUGCAGGACUUUGCUUUAAAAGCACAAGAGGUGUUAAAUCAGAAACAACAGAGCCAAGAAUCCCAGCAAAGCACAGAGAUGUUGGAGGUAAUGGAGAAACUGCAUGCUGCACAGGAGGGUCAGUGUACACUACAGGCAGAAUGUGAACAGUAUAGAAGCGUACUGGCCGAGACGGAAGGAAUGCUAAAAACCCUUCAGAAGAGCGUGGAGGAGGAAGAGGGGGGGUGGAGAUCCAAGAUAAUGGAAUCCGAGGAGCAACUGAGGAUGGCACUCAAAAAGGUGCAAGAAUUGGAAGACACAACAGAGAGUUUGAGAACAGAGAACCAGAGCACCCAGCAGCUGAAAGAAAAGGUGAUGCUUCUAGAGGCCCAGCUGGAGCAACAGCUGCAGUCUGCUUCCACAGAUAACCAGAGCCAAUCUGAAGAGAUGACACAAUUGAAGCAGCUUUUAUCAGAAUCCGAGAGACGGCUGAGUGCGGCUCAGAAGGAGGCUCAGGUGCAGCGGGAGGAACUUUCACAGGUCAGGCAGCAGCUGAGUGAUGUGACACAGCGCGCUCAGGGAGUGGCUGAGAAUGGGCAGCCAGAGCCAGAGGACUGUCAGGUUCAAGCUCAGCUUGAGCAGACGUUGGAGAAACUAGAACAGAUGAAGUCAGCAGGAGACACUGCAUCCAUGGAGGAUGUUGUACAGCUGAAGGAGUGUCUAGAUAAGGAGCGAAAGAUGACCAAAGAUUUGGGCCAAGCAGCCACUAAACUCCAGCAGCUGCUACGAAACAGUCAGGACCAACUUGCCAAAGAAAAAGAGAAGGUGAGAACCAUGGAGGAGCAACUGCAAGAAAAGGGGUCUAAUGGUGGUGCUGAGCCGAAGGAAGGCACCUCUGUUUAAGAUGGAAGACGCUAAUCGUUUUGCCAAAAAUUGCCUUAAGAUGACCAAAAUGAAGCAUUCCAGAACAUUUAACUUUUUUUGUUGUACUGUAGUCUUGGGAAAAACAUUGCACCUUUUGGAGAAGCCUUUAAUGCAACCAUAUUAUUUAGGAGAUGUGCUGGAACAAUUUUUACUUAACAUUCCAUGUCAGAAAUUAUUCCUCAACUGCCUUAUAUAUUUUUUUGUGUUCCUAUACCUCUCCCCCGACAUCAGUGUUAAAAGGGAAACCGUAUGUGCGUUAAGCGUACAUCAACCAGUGCAAUUACUUGUAAGUGAAUGAAUAUGCAUCAUUAUAUGGUACGUGGAUAC